GCCUCACACGAUAGUGACGGUCGUCUGUCCGCAAAUCCUGCUCUCUCAUUGGCUGGAACCUUUGUUUAUCUUUGCGUGCGAAGUAAAGUUCGGUUUCAUUUACAACCUGUCAAAUCCGUGGACAGCUGUGAAGUCAGCACCGCCUCGCGCAUCACGUAGAGAAUGAAGGUGCUUUUUUUCAUCGUUCAGUCCACUCUUUGAGGAUCUUGUUAAGACACCUGGAGAAAGACCCUCUGUCAUAUAAACGGAAAAGCAUAAACCUUAGGAAGAAUGAAUUUGUGUUAUCAGUCCAGCACUUCACAUCCUUUCAAAUAACUGUUUACCUGCACUUUGUCAGGCCUCAUUCAGCCUCCUCUCUAACUCACACUCACACGCUCCGCCAGCGACCCCACCGCGGCUCCUGCAGGCUGGGUACGGAGCUGGUCUGGCCGCGUGCCCCUCCAGCUCUGUGUGUUAGUGUGAGAUGGCGCGGCAGGAAGCAGAGGGUCGCUGCCGCUGUGGACUGUAAUGUCAGAGCCCAGCAGCCCCGGCGAGAGCCAGUGCGGCGCUCCCAGAUUCUUCGUGGGCUGCGCGGAGGAUGAGAGCGAAGGCCUGGACGACUGCGCCAGCAUGAGGACAGACAUGGAGCUGUACGAAGACGACCUGGAGGAUGACUCGCCUCCAGAACGUCAGAUCAUGGUGGGGAUUUGCUGUAUGAUGAAGAAAUCGAAGUCCAAACCCAUGACUCAGAUCUUGGAGCGUCUUUGCAAGUUUGAGUACAUCACAGUGGUCAUCUUUCCAGAGGACGUCAUACUCAGUGAGCCGGUGGAGAAGUGGCCACUCUGUGACUGCCUGAUAUCAUUUCACUCUAAAGGUUUCCCCUUGGAUAAGGCAGUGAGUUACGCAAAGCUCCGCAACCCACUCCUCAUCAAUGAUCUUAAUAUGCAGUAUUACAUACAGGAUAGGAGGGAAGUAUAUCGUAUCCUGCAGGAGGAGGGGAUAGAUCUGCCACGCUAUGCUGUGUUAAACCGUGACCCUGACAAACCUGACGAGUGUAACCUUGUUGAGGGAGAAGACCAAGUUGAAGUUAACGGCGAAGUCUUUCUAAAACCCUUUGUAGAGAAGCCAGUUUCUGCUGAGGACCAUAAUGUGUACAUCUACUACCCAACUUCAGCUGGAGGAGGCAGCCAGCGUCUCUUCAGAAAGAUUGGGAGCAGAAGUAGUGUUUACUCUCCAGAGAGCAGUGUGAGGAAAACUGGCUCCUAUAUCUAUGAAGAGUUCAUGCCAACUGAUGGCACUGAUGUGAAGGUGUAUACAGUAGGGCCAGAUUACGCUCACGCAGAGGCUCGUAAAUCCCCUGCUCUCGACGGGAAAGUUGAGCGAGACAGUGAAGGCAAAGAAAUCCGCUACCCAGUCAUGCUCACUGCGAUGGAGAAGCUUGUGGCCCGUAAAGUGUGUCUGGCAUUCAAGCAAACAGUGUGUGGAUUCGACCUCCUCCGAGCCAACGGCCACUCGUAUGUGUGUGAUGUUAACGGAUUUAGCUUUGUGAAGAAUUCCAUGAAAUACUACGAUGACUGUGCUAAGAUCCUGGGAAAUAUUGUGAUGAGGGAGCUGGCUCCACAGUUCCAGAUCCCGUGGUCCAUACCUACAGAGGCAGAGGACAUUCCUAUUGUACCCACUACAUCAGGGACCAUGAUGGAGCUGCGCUGUGUGAUUGCUGUGAUCCGUCAUGGAGAUCGUACACCAAAGCAGAAGAUGAAGAUGGAAGUGCGGAAUCCCAUGUUUUUUGAGCUUUUUGAAAAAUACGGUGGGUAUAAAACAGGCAAGCUGAAGCUAAAGAAACCCAAACAACUGCAGGAAGUUCUGGACAUUACCAGGACACUCUUGGCAGACAUAGGACAACAUACUGACUGUGAAAUUGAGGAGAAGUCGUCCAAGCUUGAACAACUAAAGACUGUUCUAGAAAUGUAUGGCCAUUUCUCUGGAAUCAAUAGGAAAGUGCAGCUAACCUACCUUCCUCAUGGACAGCCCAAAACAUCCAGUGAGGAAGAAGAUACUCGUAAGGAGGGCGCCUCUAUACUGCUGGUGCUGAAGUGGGGGGGAGAGCUGACUCCAGCUGGCAGAGUUCAGGCUGAAGAACUUGGCAGGGCUUUUCGCUGCAUGUAUCCUGGAGGUCAAGGGGAUUAUGCUGGCUUUCCAGGCUGCGGCCUGCUCAGGCUCCACAGCACCUACCGACAUGACCUCAAGAUCUAUGCCUCUGAUGAGGGCAGGGUGCAAAUGACUGCUGCUGCCUUUGCAAAGGGUCUCUUGGCACUGGAAGGCGAACUGACACCGAUCCUGGUCCAGAUGGUAAAGAGUGCAAAUAUGAACGGCCUGCUGGAUAACGAUAUCGAAUCCCUCAGUGGCUGUCAGCAGAGGGUUAAGGCCAGACUUCAUGAGAUCAUGCAGAAAGAUGAAAUCUUCACAGAAGAAGACUUUGACAGGCUGGCUCCAACAUGCAGCAGCUCUCUGGUGAACUCCAUGAAGGCUGUGGAGAAUCCAGUAAGUACAUGUGAUCAAGUCUACACCCUUGUCCAGAGCCUCACCUCACAGAUCCGCAAAAGACUUGAAGACCCCAAAUCAGCAGAUUUACAGCUGUACCACAGCGAGACACUGGAGAUGAUGCUGCAGCGCUGGACUAAGUUGGAAAGGGACUUCCGCAUGAAGAGUGGCCGCUACGACAUCAGCAAGAUUCCUGACAUUUACGACUGUGUUAAGUAUGACCUGCAGCACAACAGCUCUCUGGGCCUGGAGGACACAUACGAACUCUUCAAGCUCUCUAGAGCACUAGCCAACAUUGUCAUACCACAGGAGUACGGCAUUAAUAAGGUGGAGAAGCUGGACAUUGCGUAUGCCUACUGUCUGCCUUUAGUGAAGAAGAUUCAGCUUGACCUUCAGAGGACACAUGAGGACGAGUCUGUAAACAAGCUGCAUCCACUAUAUUCACGUGGAGUGCUGUCACCAGGCAGGCAUGUCCGAACUCGGCUGUAUUUCACGAGUGAGAGUCACGUCCACUCACUGCUUAGCAUCUUCCGUUAUGGUGGCCUGUUGGAUGAGGAGAAGGACCAGCAGUGGAAGAGAGCCAUGGAUUAUCUGAGUGCAGUGUCUGAGCUCAACUACAUGACCCAGAUCGUCAUAAUGCUCUAUGAAGACAACAAAAAGGACCCAUCCUCUGAAGAACGCUUCCACGUGGAGCUGCAUUUCAGCCCUGGGGUCAAAGUAUCGGAGGAGGAGAGCGCUCCGAUGGGCUUUGGCUUCCGACCAGCUUCAGCUGAAAAUGAUCAGAAGCAAACAGACCCUGGUAGCUUGGAAAAUCUUAUACAAGAUGAGCCUGACCGCGCUUUGCCCCUUUCAGAGGCCAUCGGCACCCAGAGGAAAUCCCCUCUGAUCCGGAACCGCAAGACUGGCUCCAUGGAGGUCCUGUCAGAAAGCUCGUCCUCUAAAGGGGGCAGCUAUCGCCUCUUCCCCUCCUGCUCGCGUCAGUCUCCAGAGAUGAAGCAGAGCGGAUUAGGCUCUCAGUGCGCUGGCCUCUUCAGCACCAACGUCCUGGGGGGCUCCUCUAGUGCCCCCAACCUUCAGGACUACGCACGCACACACCGCAAAAAAUUCUCCUCGGGCAGUUUGACCUAUAAAGACGGAAUCAAAAAAAGUUUGAAGCAAAAACAUGAGUUGUUGUCUAUGCCGGCAGUAAAGAGAUUUUCUGUGUCGUUUGCAAAGCAUCCGACUAAUGAACCCCUGGAAGAGCACCAGGUAGCCCAGCUGCUGAGGCGCUUUUCCACCGACCCCAAUAUUGGCUACCCGUUCUGUGUGGACAGUGCUUUUGCCCACCACCUCCAUCAGUGCUCCUACCAUCUCCGCCUCUUCCGCAACUGGUUAAUCUCUGGCCAGGACCCACUAGAGUACCUCUACGGUUUUGGCUGCUCCAUGGUGCCUUCCAUCUACCCCCUCGAGACCCUCCACAACUCACUCUCACUCAAACAAGUGAACGAGUUCCUGACGACCAUGUGUGAGAAUGCAGGAGAUUCCCACUCCAGGACAACCAGAGCUCUCUCAGCCAUGUUUGAGUCCCAGAACCAGCCCACGGGGGACUCUUACAUCCCUCACAGAGUGCUGUCCUCCUCUGUUUCACUGCGCCAGCGUUCUGAUCGGCCACCAUGGUACAGCAGUGGUCCCUCCAGUACGGUGUCAAGCGCCGGCCCCUCGUCUCCCACAACGGCUGACACCUCCCCACGCUUCAGCUUCAGUGAGAAGAUCACCCUCACACCGCAGAGCAGCGAGGAGAUCCACCCAGCCCCUCACAACAACAUCCACUGCGCGUCCUCCACGUCUGUACUCAGCAGCACUGAAACCAGCCUCCCUUCUGAGGACCCGCACCCCUCCAUACCAUCCCCCAUCCUGGAGAGACCCGGUGAAAUAGCAGUGGACGGCACAGACUCUGCAGGCCAGUGUCUGACAGAGAGCCCCUGCUGUGACGAAACGCCAAGUCCGGCCCCUGCGGAGCCCUGUGCUCCUUGUUCACACUUGGCCGACAGUCCGCCAACGGAGUCCUUCUGUGGGCUGCCCGGCUCUCUGCCUGUGCUCCUGGAGCUCAGAGAGAGCAGCUCAGAGGCCGGCUCCAGCGCCCAGACCCCGCUCACCCCAGAGGAGCCGGAUGAGUUCUUUGAUACGCAUGAAACGGUUGAUGUGUGGAGGGGAAGCACGGGGACCCUUCCCCACCCUGGCACUCCUCUAGAGGUGGGAGCUCCCCAUGUGCCUGAGCCGUGAAGGAAACACAGAUACGUGUGUCCUUCACCCAUCUCAGCAUGCUCUCACUCUAGUGCCUCAGACCUUCAUAAAGUCCCAUACAAGACCAAAAGGGAUUUGCCUACACAAUUUAAGGGAAGUUGAGGAAAUGGAGGCCCUCUCUGCGACUGUCACAUGUCGAACACAAAGCGCAGAUGCUCCUGUUGAAAAUCUUAAUAAACUCUCCAUGUGACAUUCAGAGCUGCUUCCUGUGUAACGCCUCACUCUAGUCAAACGGCUAGUGAUCAAACAUAAGCUGUUAGACACACUAAAAAAAAAUAAUUUCUGUGCACAUAUUAUCUUCCUCGUCUCCAAACGACUGCAUUUUUUCUUCAUUAGCUGGUCUGGAAGAUAUUUUUCAAAGGGACAUGGUAUUUGAUAUUAGUCAAGCUGAACUCUUGAAUGAUGAACUUGCAUAGCUUAAUGAAUUUUAAAGGGAUAGUUGCCCUAAAAUUAAAAUUGUCAUCAAAACCUAUAAAGCUUUCAUUCAUCUUCGAAACUCAAAUGAAGAUGUUAUUAAUGAAUCCUGAGAGAUUUCUGUCCUUCCAUGGAAAGUCCAUGCAACUAACACUUUGACACUGCACUUUCAAUAGACAUCAACAGAGAAAAAUAUCUUCAUUUGUGUUUCAAAGAUGAAUGACAAAUUCUUGUGGAUUUGCAACGGCAUGAGGGUAAAAGAAUUUUCAUUUUUGAGUGAACUAUCCCUUUGAGUGAACGCUAACUGUUUUAUUACUAUUUGCCAAAGCUUGCUUUACCACUGUCGUAAUUUAUUAAAUCAUUAUAAAAUACAUAUAUAUAUAUAUAUAUAUAUAUAUAUAUAUAUAUAUAUAUAUAUAUAUAUAUAUAUAGUCUACAUUUAUAUAUAAUUGACUAAUAUGCAGCUUACUUUUAACAAUGAGACUGCAAAUGAAUGCGUCUCAUUUUUUUAUAUUUUAGUUUUUAUUUUUGUAAAACGUACAGUGCUCUCACGAUUUUAAAUAAUUAAGUAGUGGUCUUCUUAUCAAUUACAUUUGUCCUGCUUUGUACUGCUCACUGUUUUGACAUUGGAGUACUUUUUUGUACCAUGAACCCUCCUGUUUGAUCAACUGAAGAGUGCAGUGUGACACACAAAGAUGUUUUUCUUUUUCUUUCUCAUUGUGCAGUAAAAAAAGAAAGAGAAAGAUGCUGCUUUUCAGAAGCACACACUGUACUGUUUUUCUGUUGAUGUGAACCUGAUCAGGAAAAAAACUGAAGUAAACCCUGGAUAGUGGACGUUGUUUACGGAGCAUGCAGAAAGUCUGACUCUCUGAUGUUGGACCAGCUUGUAAGACCUCUAGAUUCUAGAGAGGAGCAUUUCACUUCCACCCUCCAGCAGCAGCGUCUGUGAAUUAUUCCACUCCACUCGGAGUACAGUGAAGCACACUGAUUCUGAAAUCACUGACAUAUUAAAGCAUCUGCCUCUGAUAGAUUCAACUCAAACGUGUUGUACUGUGUUGGUGCUGUAUGCCGUCAGUGCAGUAGUAUUAAAGGGAUAGUUAGAUGGAUCUAAACUAUUCCUUUAAAUGGCACUUUGAUUUACAGUGUUUCAAAUAAAAGUGGCAUUGUCUGCAGAAAGCAA